UCUCUUUUGUAGUCCACCUGAAUGCCACAAUUGGCAAGGAUAUUGAAAAAGUGCCAGGAUCACAUGCUGGAGCACAGAGGAAUCUGCUUCACGCCAUAACAGCUCAGUUGGGAGACAUGGAUGAUAUCCCACCCAAGGUCCGCGUGAGGGUGAGUUGCGAUGGCGCCAGGAUGUCCCGGAAGAGCAAUUUUGUCAUCGUGACGUAUUCCCUACUCGACAUCGAGCAAUAUUCGUCCCCGAAGGGAAACCAUGUGAUUGCUGUUGUGAAUGGCCCAGAGUCCUAUGCAACUCUCGAGACCUCACUGAAGGAUGUGUGGUUUCAAGUAAGCAAGCUUGCUGCUGACAAGGUCGUUGUGAAGGGCAAGGAGGUGGCAGUCGAGACUAUUUUGGGUGGAGAUCUCAAGUUCCUGGGUCUGGUGCUUGGCUUGAGUGCAGCGACAGCGCAUCACGCGUGCUGUUGGUGUAAAGUACACAAAGACCACAGGUGGAAUGUCGACUUUCCCUCGAACAAAUACACGGAUCCCCCAUUGGCAAGAUCCAUGGGGGAACUACAAACCCAAAAACCCCGUCGUACCAUCGGCUGCAGAGGCGGGACCGCCGAAACGCGGUAAUAAGUUUGGCCAGAAAGCCAAGCCCCUUGUCAACUUGCCAUUGGAGCAAGUUGUUAUAGACGAGCUGCACCUCAUGUUGAGGAUUACCGAUGUCCUGACGGACAAUUUGCUGCAGCAGACAAUGUGGCUCGACAAGCAGGCCAAGUCGAAGACGCUUGCUGGCCCACACACUGAAAUGCUGGUCACCGCCAUCAGUGCAUGCGGUGUCAGCUUCAGUGUGUGGGAAAAGACUAAUGCCGACGGCUCAGGCAGUGGCCGCCUGGACUUCACCAGUCUGAUGGGGCCCGAUAAAAAAAUACUGCUCCAGAAUCUGCCCGAGAAGCUGGAGGGAAGUGGCGCACUGAAUGCACACGGAGAACGACGUUCUGCUCAUGUGGACGACGUUCAAUGAUAUCUACGCCAAUCUGGGAAAAGAAGAGUUCACUGAUGGCGAGAUAACUCAACUUGAGGAAAAGAUGAAGACGUGGAUCAAGCGAUUCUGCGAGUUGGGAUUUACCGCACCCGGCUUCGGCAAGAAGCGUGUUACACCUUACAUUCAUGCCAUGCUAUUCCAUUGCCCGGAUAUUAUUCGACGGUUUGGCAACUUGAAGCAGUUCACUGGAAAUGGCGUUGAGAAGACCAACGAUGAAGCACGGCGGAGUCACAUGCAGAAGAGCAACAAGUGGGAUGCAUGUGCUGAUGUACUGCUGCAUAGCGGACGCCGUCAGAUACUGAGCCACCACUGCAGAGAGAAGAGAAAAUACAAGAAAAAAGACGAGGAAUACUGGACCGCCAUAACAGGGCACACAACUGACAUAUUACUGAGACACUCAAC